AUGUACGCAGCUAUGCCACGAGACAUUCUGACUGUUGUCGGCGAUGAGAUCAUCGAGGCCCCCAUGGCCUGGCGAUCACGGUUCUUUGAAUACCGCGCUUACAGGCCCCUUCUCAAGGAGUACUUUAAACAAGGUGCCAAAUGGACUACUGCGCCUAAGCCACUUAUGAGUGACGACGACCUGUACGAUCAGGUAAACAUCUUGAAUUUUAACACCUUCACCUAUCCAGGUCGCUUUUUAUCAGGGCUCAGAAAUGAUUUAGAGCUAAUCGCUCGUAACCACUUUUUAACUUUCACAAAGAGCCUUACUCUUUAAUUUGCCGACUGCACGAGGAACAGGUGGAGGCUGAGAACAAAAGACAAGUGUGAAUAGCAAAACUCGCAUUCGUAGCCAGUCCUUUAGUCAGUGAAGAAGCUGGCUAAAAAGGCCUUUGAUUUACCAGGUGGUAAAAAAAAUGUCAAGCAUCGCAAAAUUUGACCAUUAAUUUUCUUUUUUUUAAGACGUAAGCAUUUUAUUAACCUUUUUAGAAUGAUAUUAUUUUCUUAUUUUCUGAUCUUCUAUCAUCAUGAUCAUACAAUUAUACAGAUCCCAUACAAGAAUUUUCUCACUUCAAAAGGGAAUAAGCAAGGUUUCCGUCCACCAAUCCCUUCCAAACAAUGUUGUGGUGCUGUUCAAGCUGCCGGUAAAGAAAACAUCAAAGAAGCUAACUUGAAAUGAGGGGGUGGGGGCAGUUUUAUUUUCUGACAGAUGUCUGGGCCAUUUGACUCGGUUUUUGAAAAAUUUUGUUUCCAACUUAAGUUAACAAAUAACUUCUAAAAUAUAAGUAAACUUUUUUAUCUUUUACAUUUAUGUCCUCAGGAUUACCCGAUACAGACAGUUGAGGACAGCCAUCAGCUGGCAGCCGAAGGAAAGUUUGUUACCACUGAGUUUGAACCGUGUUUUGACGCUGCGGACUUCACUCGAGCAGGGUGGAAUAUUUUCGUCCAAAGAAGUCAGGUAUAA